AGCAGCCUGUUAGUAUCAGCGCGGCAGCCGCCAGUGCGGGAUGUGUAGGACUAUGACACAGUGGUAGCAACGUUGUACCGUAAACCAUGCAGUGCACGAGGCGCGUGUUGAUGCUUGUGUUGGCCCUGUCGGCGGGGGCGGCCUCCUUUGACCCGACAAAAGUCACGAGAAAACACGAACAGAAGCCGAAGUACACCGCGGGAGAGUUGCUGUCGAAGAAAUUUCCACACAAAUUGUCAGGAGAUGUCAACAUGGACCCUUGUAAAUCGGGUGGAUUUCUGGGGGACAUUGCGUUACCUAACGUUAGGUACGAGUUGGAGUGGGACCUCCAGAAGAUGAACAAGACGUACCUGGAGGAGAUAGAGAAAUAUCAGAAGGAAGUGCUUCACGAGGGGCUGCAGGUCGAGGAGGAGGGUCUGGUGGGCAUUCACAAGAAAAAGUUUGCAGGAAUGACGAGCAGUCGGCAGAACGGAACGUUAGGGAUCCUGAGAGAGGGGCAGGAGAGGGCAAGGAAUAGGAUCACACAAAGACUGAGGAACAACACAGAUUCCACAACAAAAACAGUUGCCAACACUGAAUCGACACCAGCAAUGCUGAGGGCAACUGAGAGUCCGGAAACUGUCUCGAACUCGACAAGGCACUCAAAUAAAAAAGUUAAUAUAACUACAUCGACAGUAAUACCGAUUGCAGAUAUUUCUAACAGUACAGUAACGGUUGUUAAGCACAAGAAAAACGAGAAAAGUGAGAGAAAAAACAGAAGACCUCAUAGACAAAGAAAGGCAAACAAAGAAAAUCGGAGGAGAAGAAACAGACGAAGGAAAAAACCAAAACAAGACACACGUCCUGUAGAAGGGGUGCCCAGUCUGCCGCUGACCCCUGACCUCCCACACCGCCGCGUUACCCGAGCCGCUACCGCCCGCAAAGAGAGGGUCUGGGACUACGGGGUCAUCCCCUACGAGAUAGAUGGUAACUUCAGUGGCGCCCACAAGGCCUUGUUCAAGCAGGCCAUGAGGCACUGGGAGAACUUCACGUGUGUCAAGUUCGUCGAGAGGAUCGGCCCCGAACACCCCAACUACAUCGUCUUCACCGAGCGGCCUUGCGGGUGCUGUUCCUUCGUCGGCAAGAGGGGAAAUGGACCCCAAGCCAUCUCGAUCGGCAAGAACUGUGACAAGUUCGGUAUCGUGGUCCACGAGCUGGGUCACGUGGUCGGGUUCUGGCACGAGCACACCAGGCCGGACCGCGACAACCACGUGGAGAUUGUGCGGAGUAACAUCAUGACCGGUCAAGAGUACAACUUCAACAAGUUGACUGAGGACGAGGUGAACUCCCUGGGACUGCCCUACGAUUACGACUCCAUCAUGCAUUACGCUCGCAACACCUUCUCUAAAGGCACCUACUUGGACACGAUCCAGCCCAUAGACUACAUGCGAGGAGGAUACAAACGCCGCCCCGAGAUCGGCCAGAGGAUCAGGCUGAGUGAGGGCGACAUCGCGCAAACCAACCUGCUCUACAAGUGCUAUCGGUGUGGCAGAACCUUCCAGGAGAACUCUGCAAUGAUCACUUCACCUGACUAUGAACUGCAGCACUCCGGGUUAUCGGAGGAGAGACAUGGACAUCGUUGCGAGUGGCGAAUAACAGCUACACAUGGAGAGACAAUCGUACUCAACAUCACAGACCUGGAUAUCCUGAAAUCCGAGAACUGCAGAACUGACUAUAUCGAGAUUAGAGAUGGCUACUGGCACAAGUCUCCGCUUUUAGGGCGGUAUUGUGGCAGUGGCAGAAUCUACGAGUCCAUCAUCUCUGCUGGCAGUCGUAUGCUAAUCACGUACAUUACUUCUGGGGGUUCUGAACACAGGGGUUUCAAAGCAGUCUAUGAAGCUGUGUGUGGGGGCAGAGAGAUACAAAUUGAUGGGGAGCAUUCACUGGAGUCCCCCAAUUACCCCGAGGAUUAUGAACCCAACAAGGAGUGUGUCUGGACUCUAGUAGCUCCGCCAGACUACCAAGUAGCUCUCAAAUUCCAAUCUUUUGAGGUGGAGAACCACGACAAUUGUGUGUACGACUAUGUGGAGGUGCGAGAUGGUCCCUCACUGGACAGUCCGCUGUUGGGCAAGUACUGCGGCUACAAGUUACCUCCAGACCUCCACUCCACAGGCAACAAAUUGUUUGUCAAGUUUGUUUCUGACAGCUCUGUGCAAAAAGCUGGCUUUUCUGCUGUCUUCAUGAAAGAGUUUGAUGAGUGCUCUUUGUUGGACCAUGGAUGUGAACAUCACUGUAUCAAUACACUGGGAGGUUACGAAUGUGCCUGCAAAAUUGGAUUUGAGCUUCAUUCUGAUGGAAGACAUUGUGAAGAUGCUUGUGGUGGUGUCAUCGAUGCCUCCAAUGGAACCAUCAUCAGCCCGUCGUUCCCCGAACUAUACCCCAUAAACAAGAUCUGCGUCUGGGAGAUCAUUGCACCUCCACAGUAUCGUAUUACUCUCAACUUUACUCACUUUGACCUUGAGGGCAACAAUCUGUUCCAGCAAGAGUGUGAGUACGACAGUGUGGAGGUUCACAGCAAGAUGUCGGCCGAUGUGUUGAGGCGGCACGGAGUGUUUUGCGGCUCUCGUCUCCCCCCACUCCUUACCUCCGAGGGCAAUUCCCUACGCAUCGAGUUUAGUUCAGACAAUUCGGUGCAGAAGUCUGGGUUUGCUGCUCUAUUCUUUACAGACAUGGAUGAGUGUGCAACAGACAACGGUGGGUGUCAGCACGAGUGUCGGAAUACCAUUGGCUCAUAUUCAUGCUGGUGUCACAACGGUUUUACGUUGCAUGAGAAUGGCCAUGACUGCAAGGAGGGGGGCUGCAAGUAUGAGCUGACUGCCCCUGUUGGCACUGUCUCAAGCCCUAACUACCCUGACUACUACCCGAGCCGUAAGGACUGCGUGUGGCACUUCACCACCACUCCCGGUCAUCGCAUCAAACUGCUGUUCACAGAGUUUGAGAUGGAGCCGCACCAGGAGUGUGCCUACGACCACAUUGUGCUGUACGAUGGAGACUCCACAGAUUCCCACAUCCUUGGACGCUUCUGUGGCUCCAAGGUGCCCCACCCCAUUCUGGCCACUAGCAACCAGAUGUUCAUGGUGUUCAAGUCUGAUGCUUCUGUGCAGAGGAAAGGCUUCGUAGCCACACACACAACUGCAUGCGGAGGUCACCUUCAAGCCAGUACACGAGUGAAACAUCUCUACUCUCACUCCAAGUACGGAGACCACAACUACGAGAACCGAGCGGACUGUGACUGGUCAAUAGAAGCCCCACCAGGCAAGAAUGUCCAUCUUACCUUCCUCACUUUUGAGGUGGAGGAUGAACAAGAUUGUGGCUAUGACUUCGUAGAGGUCUACAGUGGCUUAGACGCCAGUGGCCCCUCCUAUGGCAGAUUUUGUGGCAACUCGAACCCGACAGACAUUGUGUCUGUAAAUGAAGCACUACUAGUCCGGUUCCAUUCUGAUGAUACAAUCGUCAGUAAAGGUUUCUCCGCAUCAUACGUGGCAGUGGAACCUUUAACCAGUGAAGAGUCCCCUUACAAUUUUCAAGAUGAGAACGAUGACUUUUAAAUUGGCGAAUGAUGUCCUUAGUUUUGUGAUGCUCAUCCAGAAAAAUAGCACACGAAGCAGUAAGUGUGGGAGCACUUAUUGUUUUAUAGCUGAAUCACUUAAUUGUGUUUUAUAAUAGGAAGACAACGUUCCUUCUUAGGUAAAUUAUUAAAGUGUCUAUGUAUGUCAUGUAAUUUUAAAUGAACUGUAAUUAUUUAACAGCAUUUGUAAACUUUAUCAAAUUUGCUGCAGUUAUGGUGUCAUGAAUAUAACAUACAUAUCUUUUAUAGAAAAAAUAUUUAUAAUAACUAUGGACUUUGUCAUGAGUUAUCAGAUGGUACAAGAUAAGACUCUUCAAUGCUAGCUAAGAUUUGGUUAAGUCGUUUUGUGCUUGUCCUUCAAAAAUUGUAUUUUGAUAUUGAGUAGGUAGGUAUCCAUAAAUUCAAAACAUCUAAUUACUGAAACCAACAAGACAUAUGUGUUUUUAUCUUUGAUGUAUCUCCAACAAAAAUUGAGAUAUAGCUACAAACAAAGUGAGAAAUUACGAGACACAUUUUCUUCAAAUUUCACAGCCAAAGACAAAAAAGAAGAGGGAUGUGAAGGGUUUUGAAAGGAACUAGGCUUAAAUAAAUCUUGGAUUCAAUUCCUAUGUUACCAGUUAGAACUCAGUAAUUUACUGAAUCAUAGCUUUAUUCUAUUAAUUCUUGAAGUAAAUAAUGUUAGUCUACAACAAAGAAUGAUUUACAGGAAUUUUAAUCAUUAAGUUCUCUUGAUAGUUUGGUAGUCUAUGGGAGGAUAAAAAGAAGAAUACCUUCUGUUUUAAUAAGUCAAUAACUAACAAGACUUUAAUAAUAAAUUGUCUCAAAAUACAAAAAAAAAAAAAUCAUUUGGUUUAGCUUUACUAACCACAAACUUAAGUCAGUGCAGAUGUAAUCAACGGCCUUCUAAUUUUUAAAUAACAAGAAAAAUCAUAUACAAAGCAAAAAUAGAUCAGCAGGUGCAAUUCUUAAGAUAGAAUUCUGUUAAACAUAUCAAUUUAGUAUGGGUAACUUAUCUGUAUCAUUGAAAUUCAGCACUUUUCAAACUGCGCAGAAAUAAAAAACACAUCAAAUUAAAUUUUCAUAAAAGAAAAUAAAUUUUCAAAAAAAAUACCCACAGUUGGUUUGAGAAAGAGUGACAACACUGAAAUUCAUUGUGAAUAGAAUAUUAUAAGUAUUAUUAAAUAAAUACUAUAUUAUAAUUACACGAUUAAUUUAUGUGUCAACAAGUGGAACAAAUUGUGCAGGAUAGCUUUAUAUUUGUUCGAUCAUUUUACACAAGGCCAUACAGUCAAUUAUUCUAAUCACAACUUUACAAAUUUCCAUAACUCUUUAUGCUGAUGUAUAGGUACAGAAAUUAAUAUAUCAGUAACAUGCAAAUUGAAUUUGAAUUUUAGUACCUUACCUCAAAGUCUACCAUACUGUAAAUCUAUUUAUUUACAUUCAAGCUUAAUUUAUUCCUUGAUUAAGUUAUUCUUUAAGGAUUCUAUUCUAAAAUUACAAUAAAAGUAGGUUUGUCGCUGAUGUAUAGGUACAGAAAUCAAUACAUCAUUAACAUGCAAAUUGAAUUUGAAUUCAGUACCUUACCUCAAAGUCUAACUUACUGUACAUCUAUUUACUUACAUUUAAGUUUAUUCUAUUCCUACUUGUAAUUGAUUUUUAAAUGUAAAUUUUUACAUCUUGUGUUCUGAAUUGUUACAAAUUUGAUAGCAUUAGCAAAUAAUUAAAUACAUAUUCAACUCAUAAUAUACAUUUUAAUUUGUACUUCUAAGUAGCUGAUAACAUUACCAUACAAUAAUAAGAGUUUUAUCAUUUAACAUAGGUUUAUACCAACACUUGUAAUUAUUUUCUAAUAGAAACUUAUUCUGUACUUCUAGAAAAUUGUAACAGGUAAAUGAAACAGGUCUGUUCUUAAGAGUACAUUAGUACAUAUCAUAUUCUUUAGGCUAGUCAGUUGGUGUAAGUCAGCCCCCUCACAUUGUAAUGUGUGGCCAUCAUAAACUUUCACCCUUCAUCGUUUUUGUCUUGACUGUUAUUUUGUUAAUCAUUCGUUGUAUAUAAUUAUAUAUACUAAGCAAUAUUUCCAUUUUGUAAAAUAUGUCUUGGGAUAGAUGUAGAUCAGUGUAAAUAAAUGUGAUUUUUAAAAUGUGAUUUACUUUAUAACCUAGUUGUAUACAAAGACGUUAAUGAAAUGUGUAAUUAUGUUACAUUCCUGUGUGUUUUUUAUCAAAUAAACAUACACUGUUA